GGAGAAACGAGAGAAGCUACUCUUCUGAACGGUGCUACAGCGUCGCUGUUUUGAGGAGAGAGUGGCAACGAAUCCUGUGCUCCUGUUGCUGCCCUCAGCCAUGGAGAUUAGGGUCCUACUUCUCUUUGUCUUCCUGGUUUCUUUGAACUGGUCCAGAGGGGCUGUCAUCACUGGGGCGUGUGACAGAGAUAUACAGUGUGGGUUUGGUCUGUGCUGUGCAGUCAGCCUGUGGCUCAGGGGACUGAGAAUGUGCGUACCUCGAGGGGGAGAGGGAGACGAGUGCCACCCAUUCAGCCACAAGGUGCCGUAUCCAGGAAAAAGGCAACACCACACCUGUCCAUGUCUUCCUCACUUGGUUUGCACCGGCUACACGGGCAGUAAGUACAGAUGUACCGACGACUUCAAGAACAUUGACUUUUAACAGCAGACAGACAGUGGAGGAGCGAGGAGACCUUCGCAAAGGAGUAAGGAAAUGAAGACGGCACCACAAUACAUUGCUCUUGCUCUAACUUUUAGUCUUUGUCCUAUGCACCAUUAGUUACCAUCAGUUACCAUUUAUGUUGCCCUCUGGCGACAAGACCGACAUACGUACAUUUUAAUUUGUAUUGUUGUAACAAUUGCAGGCUAAAGUCUCAGUGCACAGGGCCAUGGUAAAGGCUCCAUGAUCAUCAUAAUUUGUUACUGUUUUAUUUGUGUCAAUGUAAUGUUUUUUAUUCAUCAAAAUUGUAGAUAUUUGCAAAUAAACUCACU